AUGGAAUCACCAAAGGGCAAUCUUAAGCCUCGCUCACAGUCACCUUUUGGGGGACACCUGGGGGUGGAGAAAACACAGGGAUCUGUACUACAAUCAUUAUCUUCAGGAAGUCAGGAGAGCAUACAGCGUGUGCACGAGACUCUCUUCGGCCUCACAGUGGUUCACCAUCUCCUCAGCUCCAUGUCAGAUUCCAACACCACCCACUUCAGUAAUCCCUCCAACUUCAUCCUGCUGGGCUUUCCUGGCCUGGAGACAGCCUACGCCUGGAUCUCCAUCCCCUUCUGCAGCACAUACACCAUAUCCGUGCUGGGGAAUUUCACCAUCCUGUUCAUUGUCAAGAGGGAGCUGAGCCUCCAUGAGCCCAUGUACUAUUUCCUCUGCAUGCUGGCCGUCACCGACCUGGUCUUGUCCACAUCCACCCUGCCCAAAACACUGAGCAUCUUCUGGUUCAAUUCCAGGGAGAUCGAUUUCAGUGCCUGUCUCACCCAGAUGUUCUUCAUUCACUGCUUCUUAGCAAUCGAGUCGGGGAUCUUUGUGGCCAUGGCGUUGGAUCGCUACGUGGCCAUCUGCCAUCCCCUGAGACAUUCCACCAUCCUCACAAACUCUGUGGUGGCCAAGAUCGGCCUGGCUGUGUUGCUGCGUGGUGGCAUGCUGACAUUACCCUUUACUUACAUAGGAAGAAGUCGGUGGCCGUAUUGCAUGACCAACAUCAUCGCUCACUCACAUUGCGAGUACAUCGCCGUGGUGAGGCUGGCCUGUGGGGACACCCGUAUCAGUAGUUACUACGGCCUCUUUGUAGUUUUCUUUGUGACUGGUCUCUUCUCCUUCCUCACACAGCGGUUUGGCCAGAAUGUGGCCCUGCAUUUCCGCAUUCUCAUUGGUAAUGUGUACCUCCUGGUGCCCCCCAUGCUGAACCCCAUCAUCUACGGGGUGAAGACGAGACAGAUCCGGGACAGGCUGCUCCAACUCUUUAGUUGUAAAGGGAGCUAA